AUGGACCAACAUUGGAAUUUCAUACAGGAUCAUCCCUUGGUGGUAACCGCAGUCCUAACAACGCUCGGUGUUGGAUAUGCUGCGAGGAGGAGGUUCAAGAAUCAGAAGGCGAGAUCAAAGUAUGCUGUUCCGGCGAUCGAUGCGCAGGAGAAGGCUUCAUUCGAUGCUGCAGAAGUCGACAUUGCCACAGCCUUUGGACCUGUCACACCGCUCAAGGACUUCGACUAUCAGACAUCAGAGCCACCAAGUAUCUACAAAUUCUCCCCUAAAUAUUUCCUGACAAUGGGCAUCCAGAAAACAACAAUUGACAACAUCAUCAAUAUUGAUCACAGAUACCUCUCUCGACUCUCGGCACGUCGAGCCAUUGCAGCAGCCCGACCAGAAGUGAUUGCCUGUCUUCCCGUUGCUGAGCCUGCAGUUUUCGAAUUCUAUACCUAUAUUGUUCAGAACUGGCUACCACAGCGAUAUCCCACGAUAUUCACAUUGUCUUCUGAGGAGCAGGUGUUGCACAACAGAGUCACGGGUGAGACUCUGCCACUGGCACAUCCAGUCACCGGAAGGGAGGCUCUUGAGCUACUCAAUCGCAACCUUGAUGAUGACUUUUUGUUCAUGAUGCCCACUGGGAAUGAGGAAGGGCAUGGCUUCCUCCUCCAGGCUCUGAUAUGGGCGUUUCCCGACCACACGGAUCCUGCAAAACGUCUGGGUGCUACGUUGAACGAUUUGCAUGCCCGUGUGCCCGGCUAUCGCGAGAAGCUGGAAGGCAGCCUCGAUCGCUUUUUUAGAAAAUUGGAAAUUGGAAGGAUAAUCUGCCGUUCAAACUGGGGUAUCUCAAUAAAGGCUUCGCAGGACGAGAGCCAGCUUUCAAAGGAUUAUCUGUCAGCCGACAAGAAAAAUGAUCUCAGUCCAUCAAAGAUAUUCGUUCGAUGUGAGCUUCAAACUCUAUUUCGACUACCAAAAUCAGGUGCACGUAUCUUUGUCAUUCACGAAUACGUCUAUCCCUUACAGAGAUUGAAAGACGAAGGGAAAGGCCCUGAGCUGAUAGAAGCUAUCGACGGACUGAAGGAAGGAAACGUCCCUGCAAUGUGGAACUACAAAAAGACCAUGAGUGAAGCUCGUUACCUAGAUUUUGAGCAUGUCCCAGACGACGAGGUUUCCCCUGAUGGAAAACCAAUCCUCAACCGAUAUUCAAGACACUUGACAAAAGACCAUGACUACCCCGGCGCGCAGGCAAUGCUCUAUGCAGCCGGCGUGCCAGACGUGGCGACCAUGAGAAAUGCUCCCCAUGUCGGUAUCGCUAGUGUGUGGUGGGAAGGAAAUCCCUGUAAUAUGAGUCUUCUGAAUAUGGGCAAGGAAGUUAAGAGGGCUGUUGAGAAUCUCGGAUUUCUUGGUUGGCAGUACAACACGAUCGGGGUUAGUGAUGCCAUCACAAUGGGACAUCAAGGUAAGGAUAUAGAUGGCUCUAGAGUAUGGGCAUGGGCUGACGUUGGUAUUCGAGGCAUGCGCUUCUCACUCCAGUCCCGCGAGAUUAUUGCCGACUCGGUUGAAACGGUCACCAGCGCCCAGUGUCACGAUGCCAACAUUACAAUUCCCGGAUGUGAUAAAAACAUGCCUGGGUGUAUCAUGGGAAUGGCGAGGCACAAUCGACCCUCGUUGAUGAUAUUUGGAGGGACUAUCAGCCAGGGUUACUCCGAAACGCUUCGAAAACAAGUCAACAUCAAUACUUGUUUCGAGGCUUUUGGGGCCUAUCGUUAUGAUAACCUCAAGCAGCCGGAUGAUGGGGGUGAUCAGUCCAAGACGAAAGACGAAAUCAUCAUGGAUCUAGAACGCCAUGCUUGCCCUGGUCCAGGCGCUUGUGGAGGCAUGUACACGGCAAACACCAUCGCCACUGCCAUCGAGAGUAUGGGUUUGACUCUUCCUGGGUCCAGUUCGACUCCAGCAGCAGCACCAGCUAAGAUGAGAGAAUGCGCUCAGGCCGCUGAGGCCAUCAAAGUCUGCCUAGAGAAAAACAUCCGACCACGCCAGCUCUUAACUAAACGAGCGUUCGAAAACGCUCUAGUCAUGACCAUGGCUCUCGGAGGUAGUACAAAUGCAGUGCUUCAUCUUCUAGCAAUGGCUGCGACCGCGGAAGUCGAGCUCACCUUGGAUGACUUCCAGCGUGUGUCCAACAAGAUUCCUUUCAUAGCAGACCUGGCUCCAAGUGGAAAGUAUCUCAUGGCAGACCUAUACGAAAUUGGUGGGAUACCCAGUAUACACAAGCUACUGAUUUCCGCUGGCUUAAUCGACGGAGAUAUUCCCACCGUGACAGGCAAAACUCUAGCGGAAAAUGUCAAGAAUUGGCCAGCACUUCCGGAAGAUCAAGUCAUCAUUCGGCCUUUAAGCAAUCCUAUCAAAGCGUCUGGCCAUCUCCAGAUCCUGCGAGGUAAUCUUGCUCCGGAUGGAUCGGUGGCUAAGAUUACUGGCAAAGAAGGACUCAAGUUCACCGGCAAAGCUAUGUGUUUUGACAAAGAGGUAUUCCUUCACAAGGCACUAAGUGCGGGCAAAGUUCCCACGACAGAGAACAUGGUUCUCAUCGUCCGAUAUGAAGGUCCGAAAGGAGGACCAGGAAUGCCAGAGCAGCUUAAGGCGUCAGCGGUAAUCAAAGGCGCUAACCUCAAGAACAUUGCACUAAUUACGGACGGGAGGUACAGCGGAGCUAGUCAUGGCUUUAUUGUUGGUCAUAUCUGUCCGGAGGCAGCGGUUGGGGGGCCGAUUGCAUUAGUCCGAGAUGGUGACACUGUUGUGAUCGAUGCAACAACGAAUAGCCUCACCAUGGAGGUCAGCGAUGAGGAGUUGGCAAAGAGGAGGGCAGAAUGGAAGCCACCCAAAGCACCUGUGACGAGGGGAACCUUAGGGAAGUAUUCCGCACUGGUGGGUGAUGCUAGCCAUGGCGCGCUCACCGACUUAUUUUGA